UGCUGCGGAUGGGCGGGGCCGCGACCAAGGGUUGUGGGGAGAGAGGCAGUCAGAGUGAGAAAGCAGAGGAAGAGGAGGGAGAAAAAAAAAUAGACGAUAGGGAUGUGUUUGAGUGUGCGGUGAACAGUGCUGCAGGUACAGUCAGAGCCGAAUACAGGUUUUAUAGCCGCACCGGACCGCGGCAAAACCGCCUCAGAGCCUGUCUCUCUCCUCUUCAUCCCCUCUAAACAACACUCCGCAAUGUCUGGCGGAGGAGAGGUACGCGUCCUCCGCCAAGAGCCUGGGCAAGAGAGCCCGAGGAUGCCGGCCUGGAAGCGAGAGAUACUGGAGAGGAGGAAGGCGAAGGGCGGCGGGGCAGGUGCCGCGGAGACAAGCCCCGGCGGUGCGGGUUCGCAGCGGGCUAACGGCGAGACGACGGGAAAUGUGAACGGCAGCAGCAGCAGCAGCAGCGGACCCAAGAGAGACAGCGGACCGAGCGGUGGGUCCGGGCGGAGCUAUACCAUCACCACAGCCAGUCAACACUUCACGAACAACAAAGAGCCACGGCCGACGGACGCGGAGAGGACGACACCGAGGGAGGACGACAGACGUGAGAGCCUGGUGCUACAGGAAAGCCUUGGCCCGCUGGAGGAGAACCCAUUCAUUAAACUGGAGAAGGAGCGGAGGCGGCGACAGGACCGAGAUAACGCUUCUCGUCCUGUCCAGCACAUCUUGGAGCUGUAUGGCAGUGUACCCGGUAUACGGACUAUCCGCGCAGACAAUAUUAUCAUAAUUGAGUCAGACCCGGAUUACUUUCCGGAAGCUGGUGGGGUAAACACCGGGUCCAAAUGGCAGCAGAACGGUGUCACUAGUUACAGCUCUCUGAACGACCUCCUGGACCGGAGAGGGAGUGCUGUUACUGAGAUAAGAGCCAAGGAAGUGGUCAUUUAUGACACCACGUUAAGCAAGAGUGAGGAGAACUUGAGCACCCUGGGCCGCACUGAUCGUGAGGCCUCAUCAUAUGAGACAGGUGAGGGCCAAGGCAGGGUUAGCCGGAUGCUGCAGAAGUUUGACAGCAACUACGGGAAGCUGCAGAAGAAGUCCCACAGCACAGAGAAUCUACUGGACCUGGAUUGUAGUGCCAGCAGCAGGCCACGACUCUGGUCCAGGCCACAGCCAGAUCUGGUGCCAAAGGCCAGGCCAGGCCCGUCGCUCAGCAGCCCGGGCAGCAGCCAGCCAUCGUCGCCUGUCUUCCAGAGUCCCUUGUCUUCCAAACCAACGCCACAGCCUGUUGUCUCUGAACUGGGCAGCCCCCAACGCUCUGCCGGGACCCCUCAGCCUGUCUUUUCCUUCCGUCAGCGGUUUGAAGAGAGUGGAGGCCAUGGUGCAGCUGUCACCCCAGGGGAUGAGCCAGACAGGGUGCAAACCAAGCCCAUCAGAGAGAGAGACUGGGAAAGCUCUGAGGUGCCACCCAAACCCAAGGUGCCAUGCUCUCCAGAGACCCGUCGCGUCCGUGCCGAGCCCCCCUCAAGCCCCAUCUCAUUCAAGGUGUCGCGCUCCUCUUCUGACUUUGAGAUCCGUCCCUCACCAAAGCCAGACCUCACCCGAAUUCCUGAUGGAGACACCCAGGCACGGGCCCUCGCAAACCUGCGCCUGCAGUCCCGCAACUCCUUCACAGUGAUCCCCAAGAGCCGUGUUGCUGCCUCAUCUGCAAAAGGCAGCCCAGCACCACCCAGCCCCAUCAAGUCUUCCCCUUCCCACAGAGUGGCAGAGGUGCCCACGCCAGGAGUGCCAACCUCCCACGCCCCUAUGCCCACCUUGACACCCUCAAAGAGGAAUGAGGAGAAACUUCAGGAAAAGGAGUUCGAGAGGCUGACGAGGCUCUCCCAGCCUGAACCAUCUCCUUCUGUUGCCACAAGUCCUGAGCCUCGUCCGACCUCAGAACCUGUGUCUCCAUCCCCUGCUCUAACCCCAGCUCCUUACUCUCCACCUGCUCUGCCUUCACCCCCCUCUUCUCCGGCUGUCCCAUCUUCACCCUCCUUCUCUCCGGUCCCUUCAGACUCUCCAGCCCCAUCUCCUGUCCCUCCUACCCCAUCCACGGGUCCAGAACAACCCACCGUGGAUCAGCUGCCUGUAACAAACAUAGACGACAUUGAAGUGGAACCCCAGCAGCGUGUCUCUGUUCCCAGCCCCAUGGCGCAGAGAAGAAAGGGGAACACCUUCACUGUGGUCCCUAAACGUAGGUUGGAGGCCGAGGGCCAGCCAAGCUCACCUGAGCCCCAGCAGGAAGCCUCAAGUGAGCCGCCACCGGGAUCCACGCCCCCACAGGCCCCGUACGCUCAGCUGGGCUCCCUGCUGAAGAAACGCUACCCCGCUGCAGAGGAGAUCGAGGUCAUCGGUGGUUACCUUUCCCUCGCAAAGUCCUGCCUCUCCAAGACGGGCUCCAUGGGCAAGAAGCUUAAGAUCUCAUUCAACGAGUCGAGUCUCCACAGUACGUACGAGUAUCCAUCAGAGAGCAGCGCGUGGGACAGCGGGGACGAGGACGACGACGAGAAACUAGACGAAAAGCUGCCGGACGAACAGCCGAGCAUGGUGGGACGCAUCCACAUCCCCCGACCCAGUUUCACCAGCUCGCCCACGCACACGACCAACAGUAACGCUCUUUCCAGCUACAUUCCCAAGCACUCUGUGGACUUCAGCGCCUGGCAGGAGCACAAACAUGACGACAGCGUUUACCAGGAGGACACCACUUCCCAGCACACACAGAUGACAGAGGAAGUUAUGCUCACACCUGCAGACAGCUCCUCCCUGUCGGACUACAGCAGCGAGCCCGCUCUUUACUUCUGAUCAGAGGGACCAAUCAGCUGUACCGUAGCACUCACCCCCCCCUCCUCCCGUGGGACCAGCCUGCAGCCAGAGCCCGGCCUGACCUGCCUCCAGCUCUACACUCCAGCCGUCUCUAAGCACAUCUUCCUGCUCAGACAGGAAACACAGUAUUUAGUCUGGGUUUUUUUUGUUUGUUUUUUGGCUGAUCUCCUGCCACGGAGCCACCACACACCACCUUAUCAACCACAUAUCAUAGCAGAUGAGCUUUUUUGCCAGGUGGCCGGUGUUUCCAUUCCCAGCCUUCUUCCUGACCUGCCGCAAAGAAUCCAAAAAGCAGCUGGACUGUGUUUGCCCUUACCAUCCUGGACAGUUGAUCUGUCAGCCUCCCUCCCUCGUUUCCUCGCCCUCACUAACAAAAUAUCGGACCCGAAUCGAAUCAAUUGUCAAAAUCUAGAGAGACGUCUGCUUUCCUCGCCAGACUCUGGAAGAAGUUCACGUCCUCCUUCCUGUGAUUCUCUUGCUUCCGACUUCAACAUUUGCUUCAGGUUUUUUUUUUUUGGGGGGGGGGGGGAAGAUGUUGACCAAACUCCUUUUUAAAAAGAACAGGAAGCCGCCAGUGCCCACGCGUAGGCAACGCCACGGUGACAGAGUUCAGUGUUAGCAUGGAAACAUGUGAUUAGGAUAAAAAAAACGUAGACUUCGUGGAGGACGUUUGUCCGCUUGUGUCGAUCGCUGGCACACUCAAACACACAAAAACACAAAAAAAAUGAUGAAAGGGUGCCACAAUUGUAGUUUCUUUGUCUUAUUCUCUUUUAUUUUUUUUUUUGUACCUGCAUGUUUUGAUUUCAGCCAACAGCUUGGUUGGUUCUCUUUGACCGUAAAGCUUCUGUAUGCCUUUUUUUUUCAGUUUCUUUGUACGUUUCCUGGCAAACCUACGCCUGUAUUAAAGCUGCUGGAUGUUCAGUAGAAAGAGUGUCAACAGCAGGCAAACUUCAACACACCUUCCCUUCUUAGUGACAAGGGGGGGGGGGGUGAUAUGCACCCCCAGGGGUCAUUUCUGUCAGUCAGCAACUGAUUCUGAUAACCCGCUUGGAAAAAGUGACCUUGGCCAAUGUCUGUAUGUCCGUAUUGCUGGUGACAAACGCAAAUCAUCAUACUGUAGAAUGUUUGUGUAUUCUCUAUCAAGGUAUUUUUGUGUCACGUUUAUCAAAAAAAGCUGUCAGCUGUCGCCUUUUUUUAAAGUCUGGUUUCUUGUGUAUUUAUUCCUGCUUAAAGUUGAAGUUUGCAUGUCUGAGACCUGCUCAUGUACAAAAAAAAAAAACCCAACCCAGUUUUUGUAAAGACAUAUUUGCUGGUUUUUUUUUUUUUUUUUUGGUGUGUUGUUGUUUUCCAGUCGGACCUCAUGUACUUUGACAUUCCACGAAGAGAAAGAAGCCGGUCCCAUGGAAGGAACGAAGGCAGAACAACCAUUCUGAUCAUUCAUAAUAUGGCACGUUUGUGAGAGCGAAUGCAAGACUCUGUGUGUUUUUGAAAGAUGUUAAUGAAUUUGUUUUUGUUUUUUAAUUAAGAUUGUUUUAUAUACAAGAAUGCACCAAGUUUCCAGAUGAUUUUUUUUUUUUUUAAAACUCAUAAUGCCAAGUGAUUAAAGUGUUGCUGUUAACGGCCUCACGUUCAUUCUUGACACGCCCGGGAUCAAAAAACCUACGGCCAGUAUUGUUGUACAGUUUCCACCAUAUUUUUUCAUAAGUACAUAAGAUUUAUUUCUUACUCCCUGUCAUUUUUUUUUUCGUUUUCUCCAAUCAGAUGAAAUGUGUUCAGCGUCGAGGUUGGACUUUUGCUGUUAGGAGAUGGGACGUUUUGUCCCCGUCUGAUGAAUUUAGGAAUUCUCUGUUUUCGUCUGGAGUCUUAGAUGUUUAAUGUCUUUUUGCACUGUCUGGCUUUUAGCUUUGUUUUGCACCUCAUGAGAAGCAACAGAGUAGGCAACGGAGGAUACGUGCACUUAAAAAGAACAAGAAGUCUAGUUGAAGAGUUUUGUAGCCACUAUUGACAACUCUUAUUACACAACCAUUGAUUGUAUGUCAGAUAAAUGUAUGAGAAUGGAUUUGGAGCCCUUGGUUGGCGGAAUAACACUUUUUUUUUAGACUGCAGGUAUAGAUUUAUUUUUUUUCAUCAAAAUGAAUGAAUAGCAUUUUGGAAUAGACCACUUCAAUUUUACAUGGUGAAUGCACUGCCGAUUAAUGCCAUGUCCACUGUUUUUACUCCGUUUGCCACAGCCUUGCAUCAGAAGUCUUAUGAUUGUCGGCCUUGUCGCCGCAAACUGUAUCCCAAGCGUAUAGUUUUCCACACAGGUCCAGGUCCUCAUAUUUGGCCUGAAACGACCCCACAAAUCCCCCUAAAGUCCGUCCUUUUUAGUCGUGGUUAUAGGUCAGUUCAGCUGAUGUACAGUAGCUUUCAAGGACCACGCCAGUGAUUUAGCAGGGGUUUUUUUAGCCCAUUUAGCGCGAAUCACAACCGUGCUACUGUGGUUUCGGAGUCUGAAUGUACUUUUGAACUAUUCCAGAUGUCCAGUCGGUUUCCACUCAAUUUCAUAUGGUAUAAAAAUCUACCGGAAGACACGUUCUCGACUUGUAUAAGCCAUCACAGUCAACCCGUUAUGGUUGCAUCGUAGUGCAGUUAGUGCUGGGUAUCAUUUCAAACACCAAAAUUACACUUUUUUUGAUACCUUUCUCUAACACUUUUUUAGUGUAGAGUUGAAAACUGGCCAUUUCAAUCAUAUUGUCUGAAAAGACAAGAUUAUGAAUCUGAGCAAGCGUUCUGUACUCCAUACUUGGCGCUACGCACACAUUUCCAGUCAGUACCAAAUAUCCAGCCCUAUUACAUGCAAGCACAGACAUUUUAAAUCAAUCUGCACAUAAACGACAUUACCACACAUUAUUAUAACGUAGGGUAAACAGAACUGACAAGAAUGCAGACUCGACGUGCACUGUGAUGGAUUACACAACUCCACAGUCGACCAAAGACGUUUCCACAGCAUGAGGAAAUGAAUGGAAACCAAUGGCUGCUUGAAAAAGCAUAACAAACGGGCAGCAAAAAAAUGUGAAGUACACAUGAUUUGUAAUUAAGGAGCUAAAAGACCCCAAAUACAUUACAAAGUUAAAUUUUAGCGCCAUGGAGCGCCUGACUUGGACCUGCUGCGGUCAAAUGACACGCCUGUGGAUCCAUCUGUAGUUAAGUGCUGCCUUCAAUGUCCAAAAUCCCAAAGAGGACAUCAACUCUAAAGUGGGAAUCUUUAGCUCUCUCGUCUUUCUGUGAACUGAAGGACCAAAAAGGCAGAGAGUGAAACGUGGGGAAUCCCCACCAACGGUCUGGAAUGACACCAGUGGGACAUAGACACACGCCGCUUGACUUCUGAAGUGUACGUGCGGACCUCACUCUGCCUACUCCUGUUGCAAAGGGAGGUCACCCUGUUGUAGCGACUCUGUGGUAGAAGCUUCAUCUUGUUCCCCUUUUUUUACUUUUCCCACUCGUCUGUAAAUGUACAUUGCAGCAGAUGUGCUUACUGUAAAGUUAUUGUCAAUGAUUUGGGCUAAUAAAAA